CGGACUGCGUCGCAAAUGCGUACUGCAAGGAACAGAGCUACUGCCAGUGUAAAAAAGAUUUCAUAAUCUACGCUGCUGAUGCGAACAGUUUCUCAUGUCUUGAAGAAGCCAUUGUUCUGGGCGAUGCCUGCGAAGCAGACAUCCAGUGCACGAAACCUUUCGGGAGCUACGCCAAAUGCGCUACCAGAGAGGGAGGUUUUGGGACAUGCAAGUGCAUGGCUAACGCUCACUUCAAAGAUGGCAGGUGUUACGAGACGUCAUUGAUUGGAGGGAAGUGUAAAGUUCAUAACAACUGCUACCUCGCGUCCGGGAUGCCUGCCUACUGCGACAAGAGCGAGUGUACGUGUCCGAACAGCCACCAUCCGAACCAAAAUGGCACGGACUGUAUCAAAACAGUUUACCUAGACGGACCAUGUCAGACUGACCAGGAGUGCGUCACUGAGAACUCGAGGUGUGGCGACGUCUGUCGAUGCAGAGUGAACUAUAUACAGAGUCGAAAGGAAGACGGGUGUCUCAAAGCUGCAGACAAGAUCGGCGACCCAUGUUCGGAGAACGAGCAAUGUACCAUGUUCCUCGGGAAGACCACGUGCAGCGUCGAAGGCCACUGCAGCUGUCUCCCCGGGUACCACCACAUCCCGCCCAACAGCAAGUGUUUCCCGGACAUUGGACUGGGUGGAAUGUGUGAAGACAAUGCUGAGUGCGCGGUACCAUCUGCUGUGUGCAGUGCAGGAAUAUGCAGCUGUGGAUCGGGUUUGAUCCCCGAUGACGAUAACACCAUGUGCACAGGUGACAAUGGAAAGAGAACGGCUGAACACGGUUUAAUUGUUGUGCUGUUAUCCCUCGCUCUACCCAGAUUAUUUGAAUAUUUAAAAUCGUCAACGUAAAUAAGUGCAAACAAAAUGAUUCACAACAGUUUCCAUGACCAACCCAUUGUUUAAUCGUGAACAACAAUAUGCAGCUAGAUGUCCAAAGAAGAGAAAAAUUUACAUCCGGCAACAUAACACCUCGUCAAAGUGAAAGUCGAUUUCAGUGUAGUCCCUUGAUACUUGCCGACGCGAAAAAGCCGGACCUCAAAAGAAAACAGUUACUUCCCACAUGCUAUUUCCUUUCUGACCACUGUCAAAAACACAUCCCACACACCAGCCCGAUUUACAAUCUAAAGUCCAGUUCGCAUCCAUCUCAGGUAGCCUGUCCGGAAUUGAACAGGCUGUCACAAAACGAAUAACCUCGACUGUCUCAUAUAAUUCGACAAUAAAUGACCUAACUUCCAAUCACCAUAGCAAACAAAGCUUACCUGAGUGAUGCGCCAAUGGAUAUCUGCAGUCUUUAUUAUAACAUGACUAUUCUGUUAAUCCUUGAAGUAAUGUUAGGUUAUAUCACGAUCUUCAGUAACAGAAGACACAGGAUUCAUUGUCACUUUAUCACUGGUAUUCCUAGUCUCAUGAUACAAUAUGGCAGCUCACAAUAUUCAGAGACUGUUACACGAGAUUUAUGUACAUUUCCGAUGUAAGAAGAGUAACAUUUCAAUAAACGGCAUAAGCUACCAAUAAAAGCAUACUAGCCUACAUAACGAGCUAUGUAUAAAACAAAAUCCAAGCUAAAAUAAAAUCUUUAAUUCAA